CAUUACUGUUGUUUUUGGUUUUUGUUUUUUUACUAAGUGUGCCUCGUUUCACUGGUGGGGUUUUUUAGGAGCCGUGAACUCAAGGCUUACACACACCGGAAGAAAAAAAAACAAUACAACAGACACGCACGCGCGCAUAAAGAGAGAGAGAGAGAGAGAGAGAGAGAAGCGCGCGCACAUCCAGAUCCACUUGAGCAGUGUGGAGUUGUGGGAGCGGAGAGAGGAGAGCGCGAGGAGGAGCUCACAUUAUCACGGCUCUGAUUCAAAGCGCAUGCUUCAGUCUUGUCUCUGCUCCUGUGCAAAGACGGCAGAGCGACGAGGAGUGGUAUAGAUCGGAUCAGAUCGGAUCAGAGACGCAGAGCUUCUCGGUCAUGGCGGGGGCGAAGGCGCUCGACCUCAUGCUUGGAGUUGUGUUACUUCUGCACGCUCUUGGAAGUCUGUUCCAGAUCACCCGCGGGGAAUUAACCACGGAGGGAGUUUCCUAUUCUAUGUUUCAGAGGCCGGCACAUGAUGAUGAUGUCACAGUGGAAGUUGUCAGGAAGAGACGGUCACUGUCUGAGCCGAGAAUGACCAGCAACAAAGCCAGUCAGGAGACUUCAGAGGCCGAGUCACAGGAUUUACAAGGACCGCUGACAGACUCCGAAGCAGAUAACAACUACCAGAUAACUGAGGACACAGAUCACAGCUAUUACACAUCAAGGACUUACGGCUCUAACGAUCCCAUGAGCAAAGAAUUAUGGGUGAACAUCGAUCAGAUGGACAAGGAGAAAGUGAAGAUUCAUGGAAUCCUGUCCAAUACACACAGACAAGCAGCGCGGGUCAACCUGUCUUUUGAUUUCCCCUUCUAUGGACAUUUUCUUAGAGAGAUCACUGUGGCCACUGGUGGCUUUAUUUACACGGGAGAUGUGGUGCACAGAAUGCUGACAGCCACACAGUACAUCGCCCCCCUCAUGGCAAACUUCGACCCCAGUCUGUCCCGAAACUCAACAGUCAUUUAUUUUGACAAUGGCACUGCCCUGGUGGUUCAGUGGGAUCACGUUCACCUGCAGGACUCAUAUAAUCUGGGCAGCUUCACAUUUCAGGCCACACUACACAGUGAUGGCAGAAUUAUCUUCGCUUACAAGGAGGUUCCUAUUCCGAUCGCUCAGAUCAGCUCUGUUAAUCAUCCAGUGAAGGUGGGCCUCUCGGACGCCUUUGUGGUGGUUCACAGGAUCCAACAAAUUCCGAAUGUUCGGAGGAAGACCAUCUACGAGUAUCACCGUGUGGAGUUACUCAAGACCAAAAUCACAAACAGCACAGCUGUGGAAAUGAUGCCACUUCCUACAUGCCUCCAGUUUCGUAGCUGCUCCGCCUGCAUCGCUGCCGAGAUCAACUUUAACUGCAGCUGGUGUCACCGACUCAACAGAUGCUCUAGUGGUUUUGACCGCCAUCGGCAGGACUGGGUUGACAACAGCUGCCCAGAUGAGACAAAGGACAACACAUGCGACAUCAUCAACACCACUCAGUUUGAACCGUCUACCACUGCAUCAGUGACCAAGACAUCCACGAGGAAUAGAGCCGUUACAGAGGCUGAUUCCACCCAGUCAACAUCCCAUCCACCUACCAGCAUGCCUACAGAAGAUGACACCAAGAUUGCCCUUCAUCUCAAAGACAAUAGAGCGGCAGCAGCACACAGCAUGGCAGAGCGCGAAUCAACCAACAACAAACAAAACCUUCACACGGGUCUGAUCCUGGCCAUGCUCAUGCUGAUGCUGGUCAUAGUGGCUGUGGUGCUGGUGACGGUUUACAUCUACCACCACCCCAGCUCCGCCGCCAGCCUCUUCUUCAUCGAGAGACGACCGAGCCGGUGGCCUGCCAUGAAGUUCCGCCGUGGUUCCGGGUAUCCUGCGUACGCAGAGGUCGAGCCUGUGGGCCAGGAGAAAGAGGGAUUCAUCGAGGCUGAGCAGUGCUGAGGUCCUGACCUUUGACCUUGUUGCCCCCUUCCCAUACACUGCCCUGCUCCCUGUUCAUACACACUCAUCCGUGUAAGAACCGAAAUGCCCCGCUUUCAUCGACCGUCCAAAAACAGGAAAUAACAGUGUGGAUAUAAAAUCAUUUCUGCAAGUAAGAGAAGUACCUGGUGGCUGACGAUUAGUAGCACAGAAUCAGAUUCCUACAGCAAUGAGCCGUGAGAAAACUGACCAAGGUCUGAUUCUGGAUCAUCUCUAAACUGCACGCUGAGCUCUGGAUCUGAUCUAGAAACAGCACCACGAAGCCACGAUCCCACUGGAACAGAUCUGGAUUUCAAAUUAGACGCAUCCAUUUUUUUUUCCUUUCAGCACAAACUCUUUCCGAAAACUGUUUCAAAAUCAGAGGUGUGCAUCUGCGGUUUAUGGUUUAGGGGAAUUUAUUUAGGUCUUUAUAUAUCCUUGUGAUGGGAUUUAGAGGGUUUGUUUUCAUCAUGUCGCGCUUUUUUUUUCAGUUUUUACUUGAUGUUUUGCGGGAAUUUAGUGCUGUUGCUCGAAAUACAGUUAUAUUCAUACCAUAAACAUCUUUUUCUUCUUUGAUUUUCUGAUACAAUUGGGAAACGUUUGCUCACUGGGUCCAACAGUGUUGCUCGACUUUUCCAUGCCUAUGACGCAUUUACAUUUUUUUGCACAAAUCUUUUUUAAUGCACAUAUGGGUUUUUCUUUUUAUUUUGUGCUUGGGUUACUAAUGCAAAGUUACAAGACAGGCGCUUGUGGAUCUUUGUCUCUUUGUCAAAAUAGACGUGGGUGAGUGUUUGGAUGAAUUGUCUGAUAUUUUUUGAUUGUUUUUUUUUUUACAUGGUUUCAUCUCUGUUUCUGUGCCAAACUGACUGGAGACUCCUUCUCCUUCCAUCCUACUGCAUAUGUUUAUUUUUGCUUGUUGGAAAUUGAUUCCUAUUCGGUUGCUUACGCGCGGUCCAUGCAAUAGACAUGCCGGUGGACGUGAUCACAUAAAUGAGAAUAUAUAUUUGAUAUCUGUCCAUAUGUAAUGACUUAUAUGAAUCUAGGAAGUAUAACAAUGUUUAACUGUUAUGAUGUGAUAUGAAUGGAGUGGGUUGCUUUUUGUUUGUUUCUUUUGUUUUUGUUUUAACAGAAUGAAGACCUUCGGGUUCAUCCUGCAAUUCCCCAUAAUGAAUCAGAGAAAUAGAUUUCUAUUAACGUAGCACAGACACAAAUAAAUAAUAAACUCCUGUCAUUUUUUUAAAUCAUUUCAAUACCAAUAAUUUCAACACUUUGAAGACAUGGUUCUUACUCUACAGUCAUAUCAGUGGCUAUAAUCACAGCACUUCUUAAUUGUUCUUGUUGAAAAUGUUUUACUGUUUUCAAGACCAAAGACCCAUCUCACUGCAUCACAACUACUGUUUCUUAUCUUUUUCCCCCUCACACACAAACACACACACACACACACAGAGACGGAUUAAGACAAAAGGUUUCUGAAACUAGAAAACCUUUAGAAACAGGAUGAAUUACAGAGAAAAGCAAAAGAACAAACCGUACAGAGAACAAAAUGUCGCAGAUGCAGAAAUCCUCACGAUUGCAUGUUUUACACAACCAAUGCAGAUGAACCAUAAUAUUCAAAUAAAAAUGAUAUGAAUGCAGGAAAGACAACUAGGCCUUCAUUUCUUUUUUCUUUUUCUUUUGCAUUAUUUUUUUCUGUAUCACUGGACUAAUUUGAUGAAUUUCAUCCAGCCUGAGAGUAUGUGUGUUUGUGUGUGUGUGUGUGAUUCUUAAUUGAAUGAAUGUUUGACAGAUGAGGAGAAAGUUACAUUGAACAGCAGGCCGUGUGCUCUCGAAGUCAGGAUUUUUCACAAUAACAGUGCUCGGAGAGCCGCUGGACUAGUUGAUGCUGUGACUCUGUGUGCUCCUCUAUAACUACUGUCAUUUUGAUUGCAUUUUAAAUCAAUAAAGUUGUUUAAACAAG